GUUACCGCUCUCAUUAUUAUUAAAGAUGCGUGGUUUGGUUGCUUCCGUGCCUAACUGCUCUGGACAAAAUGGGCAGCGGACGAACACAAAGUUUCAAUACCGAGGGGAAAUGGGAGUUUUCUGUUUGUCGGCUGUAUAAUUUACUCAAUCCAUGGAUUUAUAUUAUUAUCUUACGGAAAAAGCGAAGGCAACAUAAUGGGGAUUAAAUGUAACAAUGUGACAAUAUUGCUGGUUGCGUCUGCCAACGGAGAAAUAUGUUUAUAUUCAUUUAUCUUUAUAACGUGCAUCACAUGUUAGAACUUUGUGACUGCAAACUCAAAUUUCCAAAAUAAAAUUUAAAAGCCAAAAAAAAAUAAAAGGCGCCGGUGCCGGAGAGAAAUUCGAUCACCGCCAGUUCAGUUCAUACAGAAGUAUUUAAUAGAGAAACAACACAAUAAUAAAACUAAUAACUCUCUUCUAGACAACACUUCCUCCUUUUCACUUUUACCUUGCCAUGAUUGCCAGUUGCAAUUGACCUAUCUCCUCACCAUUGAUUGUUUAACUGUUGAACUGUCAAACUGCCCCGCCAUGGCUACCCAGUGGUAUAUCGAGAAUAAAGAUGUCGGGAACACAGAGCAUGCGGAAGACUGGCGGAUUCGGGGCUACAAUCCUCUUACCCCGCCAAACCUCCUACAGCAUGAGAUCUCUCAGACUCCUGCCUCCAAGCAGACGGUCAUAAACUCGCGCAAAGAAGCCGCCGCCGUCGUCAAUGGCAAAGACCCGCUCAACCGCCUCCUCGUCAUCAUCGGGCCCUGCUCCAUCCAUGACCCAGAGGCAGCCAUGGACUACUGCAACCGCCUACUCCAACAAAAGGAGAAACACAAAGACGAGCUCCUCAUCGUCAUGCGCUCCUAUCUCGAGAAGCCCCGCACAACCGUCGGCUGGAAGGGCCUCAUCAACGACCCGGACAUCGACAACUCGUUCAAGAUCAACAAGGGACUGCGCGUCUCGCGCCAGCUCUUUGUUGACCUGACAGACAAGGGCAUGCCUAUCGCUAGCGAGAUGCUCGACACCAUCUCCCCCCAGUUCCUCGCUGACCUCCUCUCCGUCGGCGCCAUCGGCGCCCGCACCACAGAGUCCCAGCUGCACCGUGAGUUAGCAAGCGGCCUCUCCUUCCCCGUCGGCUUCAAGAAUGGCACCGACGGCUCUCUGGACGUGGCCGUCGACGCCAUCGGUUCCGUCAAGCACCCGCACCAUUUCCUCUCCGUGACGAAACCGGGCGUCGUGGCGAUUGUGGGCACGGAUGGCAAUGACGACUGCUUUGCGAUCCUGCGCGGUGGGAAGAAGGGAACCAACUACGAUGCAGCAAGCAUCGCGGAGGCCAAGGCGAAGUUGGCGGAUAAGGGCUUGAAUGCCCGCUUGAUGGUUGAUUGCAGCCAUGGCAACUCGCUGAAGGAUCACCGCAACCAGCCCAAGGUGGCGGCUGUGCUGGCGGAGCAGAUUGCGGGCGGUGAAGAGGCGAUCAUGGGGGUGAUGAUUGAGAGUAAUAUUAACGAAGGAAACCAAAAAGUCAGCCCCCAGGGCAAACCAGGUCUGAAAUACGGAGUCAGCAUCACGGAUGCCUGCAUUGGCUGGGAAGAUACGGAGAGCGUAUUACAAACCCUCGCGGAUGCGGUGCGGCAACGGCGGGAACGCGGACAAGCCGCAUGAGCAUAAUAAUAGAAAACUACUCAAAACGUCUAUGAAAAGGUCGUUUAUUCCCUUGGCUACUUUCGUCCAUUUUGAAAACGCCUUUAUAUAUUCCCUUGAGUUAAUUUGUUGUGAUUUUCGCUGUCUUUUUCAGGGGGUUUGGUCAAAUGGCUUAAGGAAAAUAAGAUAAAAUAUAAAUUGGGGAUAUGCCCGGUUGAAACGGUGGGAAGACAAAAAAUAUUUUGAAUUUCUCGUACCUUAUUUUACCUCUGUUACUUGCAUGAUCCGUUUCUCUCUGAAGGUCCCGGCGACUUUUGAGUACAACUGGAACAUAAUGAUAACACAAACUACUCCGUACUACUUACGACAAUCAACACAAAUCUUGUCUCCUAUCUCGCUUCACUGAAGUUGGACAAGUAGGCCGAUGUUUGGAAUUUGAAAGUGUAACACUUUUGUGUGUAGGAGAUGAAAACUGAUCCAUGCGUAGAGAAUAGAGAAUGGAAGUGCAAUCGAAGUUGGAAUUAGGAAAAUGUAGGAAAAUGGCGAGCGGCUUAAGAGUGGUAUCAUCAUGGAUGCAGAGAAAAAUAAAAAUAGAAGUACGUUUGAAAGCAAAACAAAGAAGAACCAAUGGAGAAAACAGGAGCAGGGAUAUCUAGAAAAAGGAAACCCAACAAUGCCCAGUCAGCUCUGGAAGUCUCCCAAACCCGAAAUAUUAAUAAUAGGAAUACAGAAAACCACAUAUGUAGAAAAAUGUAUAUACAAAGAAGCGAUUAUCUAGGGGAAGGCUGGGAGGCGCACCCUGUGCCAAUCGCAAUCACCACCAGUCCAAUCAAUAAAC